AUGUUUACUUGCAAAGCAUGCUUGAAGAGAGCCUUUGAUGCCGUGGUCGGCCCUACCCUCCCCCGAUCUAAACCACGCACGACUUUACCGCACCUCACACCGACGACAAGGGCCCCUCGCUCGAGGACUUAUGCGACCGCCACUGCUGCUGCCGCUCCCGUAGACACAGCAAAGAGUCCUGCUUCGAAAAAGGAUGACCGCCCACUACUGCAGCGGUCCUCGUGGGCCAAAGGGGAUGACCGCCCACUAGAGCAGCGGUCCUCGCGGGCCCAAGAAUGGGUAGCUCGGAAACACUUGCAAUAUCUGAAAGAUCCGCUGCAUAUUGCGACCCAGGUCAAGAGGAUACUGGACAAGGACCGCUUCGAUGAGGCUGCUCUAAUCACGAAAAAGGCCAGCGUCAAUGCAAGUGUUGCCGUUAGUUGGAAUCACUUGAUCGACUACCAGCUGCGCCACUUCAGAGUACACCAGGCCAUGAAGCUCUACAACGAGAUGAAAAAGCGUGGCCAGAUUCCGAACGCCCAAACCUUCACCAUCAUCUUUCGGGGUUGCGCAAAAUCGCCUCAUCCCAAGUUGGCCGUAGCGGAAGCCGUCAAGCUAUACCAGAACAUGCUGUCCAGCAGUCGAAUAAAACCGAAUACAAUCCACCUGAACGCCGUCUUACAAGUGUGCGCAAAGGCCGGUGACCUCGAGUCCAUGUUCAGCAUUCUCCAAUCUACAAAUGACGGCAUACGGGCACCCAACAACCUUACAUACACCACCAUCUUGAACACGCUACGUGCAACAGCUGACAAGACACCCUCUGACGAUCUUCCGGAAGCUGACAUCGCCGACAAUAAGGCAAAGGCUAUACAGCGCGCCCAGAUUAUAUGGGAGGAAGCUAUAUCACGGUGGAGAUCGGGAUCCAUCAUCAUCGACGAAGAAAUGGUAUGUGCUAUGGGUCGCGUGUUACUCAUGGGGACCACACGCGACGCGGCGAGCAUCGAGCAACUUGUCGAGCAGACCAUGACGAUACCUGCAGAAGACCGAGCAUCCCUACCCGAAAACAGCAAACAGGCCAAGGAUGUGGCCAAAAGUGAUGCACCAACAAACAUGAUCACUAGACCCAAUGAGAAGACUACAGUCAAGGCUCCCGGAGCUCCUUCAAUCAGGUAUGCCCUACCCGGUAACAACUCUCUAUCGAUGAUCCUCUCCUCUCUUGAGAAGACCGGCAGAACGACCAAGGCCAUACGGUACUGGGGGCUGUUCGUGAAGCGGCACAAUGUCGUGCCAGAUGCGGACAAUUGGACUCGGCUACUCAGGGUGUUCCUUCGCGGGAAGAACAGUGGCAGGACUGUUGGGUACCUGAGCCAGAUGCCCCGCGAACUCAUGACAAGCAGGCAUAUUAGGCUUGCCAUGACCACCUGUAUCCGCGACAACCUCAACCUGUCUUCCUUCCACAACGCAACGCAGGUACUGGAACUCAUGCUUCUCAACUUGCGCAUACCCAGUGUACCCUGCUUACGAAUAUAUCUUCGGACGGCGUACGCGAACAAGCGUGCGAUCUACGAAAAUGCCAACAAGGACGCAGAUGUCGCACAGGCGACGUGGUGUCGACAGCUGGCUGUCGCUCUAGGCAAUCUCUGGGGUCCAUACUUGAUUGCUGCAAAACAAUUUGUGUUCGACCGUCCGGAGGACCCUGCCAGCGAUGAAUCGCAGCGGCGAAUGGACCACAAGGCAGAAGUAGUAACCCUAGCGCGAAAGAUGCUUACUGCGUAUGACAGACUGAUCCUUGGGUCUGUGCUUCCUCCCGAAGUGCUCAAGGAUGUAGAGACUCUAAAGAAGCGGCGGAACAACAUCAACAGCUUUGUUGUUACACAUAUUGAGAAAAUGAAGAAGCAGGACCCGACAUUCAGCUACAAGGAUCAGAGAUUGUCAGAAGAGGAAGAAGCCGAACUCAGGGAUGACGCCAGUCCUUGGGACGAAAAACGCAAUUAUAGCAGUGCGGCGGGAAGGUGA